UCACUUUAUGUGCAUUCUUUCCAGGGCGCGCUUUACGACAGUGUGCGCCGUGUUUACGGCCACCCAUGAUAAUUGCAGGGAUAGAGGUAAACAAGGAUCCUCGGCGUGUGUUUGUGUUUGUCUGUCUGCUCCGAAGGUGUGGAACUCACAAAGAGAGCGACAAUGCUUCUUCAAAAUCGAGCUGUGUUUGCGCUUGGUCUACGGAUGUGUUCCACUAAUGUGAUGAGAGGACCUGCAGUAGACACAGCAAGACCCAGCUCAGACAUGUCUGAAUUCCGCAAGCUCUUUUCCCAAGCCAAGCACAUAGCAAUCAUCACGGGGGCAGGUGUGAGCGCAGAGAGUGGAGUGCCGACCUUCAGGGGAGAAAAUGAGAAGUGGAGGAAGUGGCGAUCUCAGGAUCUGGCGACUCCAGAGGCCUUCUCUCGCACCCCGUCUCGGGUCUGGGAGUUCUACCAUUACAGGAGGGAGCUGGCUUUGAGAAAGAGGCCCAGUGCUGCCCAUCUGGCUAUAGCUGAGUGUGAGGCCCGGCUGAAGAAGCAGGGGCGCUCCGUGGUUGUCAUCACCCAGUGCAUAGACGACCUCCACCAACAGGCCGGGUCCAAACAUGUACUCAAGGUUCAUGGCAGCCUGAUGGAGACGCGCUGUGUGAGCUGCAGAGAAGUGACCGUGAACAAGCGUAGCCCCAUAUGUGCUGCCCUUAAGGACAAAGGAGCGCCUGACCCAGAUGUAGCUGAUGCCCAGAUUCCUGUGGAUAAGCUGCCAAGGUGCAACGAAAGAGACUGCCGCGGUCUGCUGAGGCCCAACGUUGUGUUCUUUGGGGAAACUCUGGACUCUCAUAUUCUGACAAAGGUGGAAAAAGAGAUGGAGACCUGUGAUCUCUGCCUUGUGGUGGGCACGUCUUCGAUUGUUUACCCAGCAGCCAUGUUUGGCCCCCAGAUCGCAUCCAGGGGCGUCCCAGUGGCUGAAUUCAAUACGCACACAACACCAAAAACCGAGUACUUCACGCACCAUUUCCAGGGUCCGUGUGGAACCACUCUGCCUCCAGCUUUGGCGCGACACGAGUCAGAGGUGAUUUAAGAGCCACAGGAACGACUUUACAGACGGCAAGCAGUGGCUUCUUCUACAGACCAAUGCUAUCAAAGGCUGGUGGGAAGGUUACGUAGCGUCUUUUUUACUCCAAAUGUUUGCCUUAAAAUCACAGCUGAUACUUGGAAGUAGGAGAGUUGUACAGAAUUUAGCUUUUUAGGAACUUUAAGAUGGACCUAUUAAUACUUGAAUAUAUAAUGCGCUAAACUGGAAAUUUGAUAUUGUAUGUUCUAUGUGUCAUCUGCUUGAAAAGAAUAUGCACUGCAUACAUUAUUUGCAUAGGAAAAUAUCUCCAAGGAUAUCAGAGGGUAUUGUUUUUCUUGCUCAUUAGAUGCUGGUGGCAGAAUGUCAGAUUUUUUUUUUUUAUAUAUGCAUUCUGUGCUGUAAAAUUAUGCUGUAGAUCAGCAUCACUGGAGAAUAUUCUUCUGUUCUCUCUCUCCACCAAAUGAACAGAUGUACGGAGGAUAACUUAAUCUUGUGCCUUUCAAAACCUGUUUACACAACCUUGACCAAAUGCUCGCUUUAAACCUCAAGUGCAAAAUCGACCAAUGUUACAGAGAUUCAGCCAGAGUUUUUUUUCUUUUUUUUUUGAACGAGGACAGAGAGGGUUGAGAAAGAGACAGAAAUCUUCUCAAUCCCUUGCCUGAAUCAGCAUUAUCUCCCUCUCAUGAGGUUUGAUUGUGUCUGUCAUGACAUCAUUGCAGUUACAUGUCAUGAAGUAAUCAUGACGCAUUUGAUACAUUUUUUCAAUGUCUUUUCAAUAUACAUGUUCAACCACUGUAGAUGGAAAAUGAAAAUAAUCACAUUAAAUAAGAUGAUUGUCUGUUCUUUAACUUUUAUACCAAUGAUAAUCAAUAUCUUAUCCUGUUUUCUAUUAAACCGGCUAGUGCAUUUAUACAGAAAAUGAUUAUUAAAACACUAAAUGAACA